CACCACCACCACCACCAUGUCCACCGUCGCGCAAAAACGCCUCUUCCACGAAUACAAAAACCUCUCGACCAACCCCCCCGAGGGCAUCACGGCGGGCCCCGUCACCGAAGAUGAUAUGUUCCAUUGGGAAGCGCUGAUCCAGGGGCCCGAGGGCACGCCCUUCGAGGGCGGCAUCUUUGCGGCCGAGUUGAAGUUCCCCAAGGAUUAUCCGCUCAGCCCGCCGACUAUGAAGUUCGUGGGGGGUGGGGUGUGGCAUCCUAAUGUCUACCCCAAUGGAACAGUCUGCAUCUCGAUCCUGCACCCCCCCGGCGACGACCCCAACCACUACGAACACGCCUCGGAACGCUGGUCCCCCAUCCAGAGCGUCGAGAAAAUCCUCAUCUCCGUGAUGAGCAUGCUGGCCGAGCCGAACGACGAGAGCCCCGCCAACGUCGAGGCCGCGAAGAUGUGGCGCGAGCGGAGGAGCGAGUAUGAGCGGAAGGUCCGCGAUGAGGUGCGCAAGGGGUUGGGGCUGUGAGCUGUGAGCUGUGAGCUGUGAGCUGUCAGGGUGUCUGUUUAUACCUAUCUUUCUUCUGAGGGGGUGGGGCGAGGGGUUGUGUAUAUAUGUGUUUGUGCGUGCGUUGGCCUGUCUGCCUGACCUGUGUCUAUAGUAG